AUGCCGUGCGUCCAGACCCAGUGCGGCUCUUCUCCCCAGGGAGCCAGUCCGGCCUCUCAGAGCUUCCUCACCCCGGAGUUUGUCAAGUUCAGCAUGGACCUCACAAACAGCGAGGCAGCCACGUCUGGUCCCAGUUGUGGCCCUCUGGUGGACUCUCACGGUGCAGGGUACGACGUGAAGCCGACCUGCCUCUUCCAGACGCCGGUGCAGGGAGAGGAGCCGCCGUGCGUAAAGCUGGAGGAUGCGCACAGGUGUCCAAGGUAUCCACCCAACCAGUCCGAGAUGCUCUCCUCCCCGGGCUCCGUUUACUACCCCACCUUCCAGCCUCCACAGGGACACUUGUGGGAGGACUCUGGCUCUCUGUACACUUUCAGACAAGACUAUCAAAGGAAAAACGCGCUCUCCAGAUUCUCCCUGUUUUCAUUGAAACAUGCGCAAAGCAACGCAGGAUCUCUCCAUGUGUCCAUGCACCAGCCUCUGGACAGCCCUGUGGAGAAGCAGCAUGGGGUGGGGUUUCCUCAUCCUCUCCAGUUCACACAUGGGCACCACUUCAUGGACUACCAGACCUCCUGCAACCCCGGCAGAGGAGCACAGAGCUCGGAGGGUCUGUGUGCAGUGUGCGGGGAUAACGCAGCCUGCCAGCACUACGGGGUGCGUACCUGCGAGGGCUGCAAGGGCUUCUUCAAGCGCACGGUUCAAAAAAAUGCCAAGUACGUAUGUUUGGCCGCCAAAAGCUGCCCGGUGGACAAACGCAGGAGGAACCGAUGUCAAUACUGUCGCUUCCAGAAGUGCCUUGCAGUGGGAAUGGUCAAAGAAGUGGUGAGGACAGACGGCCUGAAAGGUCGGAGGGGCCGCCUGCCGUCCAAACCUAAAACCCUUCAGGACUCCUCGUCUCCUGUCAGCAACCUCCUGAGUGCACUCGUCAGGGCGCAUGUGGAAUCGAACCCUCCUCCUUCUCGCCUCGACUACCACCUCAAGGAGAGUCCAGGUAAUCCACUGGGUGACGACGUUCAACAUGUGCGACAGUUUUAUGACCUCCUGACCCGAUCGAUGGAGGUGAUCCGAGGUUGGGCGCAGAAGAUCCCGGGCUUCACAUCGCUCCCCAAACACGACCAGGACCUCCUCUUCUACUCCGCUUUCCUGGAGCUCUUUGUGUUGAGAUUGUCGUACAGAUCCAACCCGGAGGAAGGGAAGCUGGUCUUCUGCGACGGGUCCGUGUGGCACCGGCUCCAGUGCCUGCGGGGCUUCGGUGAGUGGAUCGACAGCAUCGUCGAGUUCUCCGCUAACCUGCAGAGGAUGAACCUGGACGUGUCCACCUUCUCCUGCAUAUGCACCCUCGCUCUGGUCACCGAGCGACACGGACUGAAGGAGCAGAAGAGAGUGGAGGAGCUGCAGAACAACAUCGUCAAAUGUUUGAAGGACGCCGACGGACUCUCGGACUGCUGGUCCAACCAGUUGUCCAGACUUUUGGAAAAACUGCGUGAACUUCGCACUCUGUGCAUCCAAGGCCUGCAGAGGAUUUUCUAUUUGAAGCUGGAGGAUUUGGUGCCGCCGCCCGCAGUCAUAGAUAAGUUAUUCCUCGACACGCUGCCCUUUUAG